UGCGCGGGGCGGGGACUGACCUUCAGCCGGGCGGCCGCCGCAGGAGCCCGCAGCAGCGUCGCCAUGUUCGCCCGGGGGGCUGCGGUGCUGCUCUACCGGCCGCAAUGGGGCCAAGUCAGGAAUAUGGCAACUCUAAAGGACAUUACCAGACGUUUGAAGUCCAUCAGGAACAUUCAGAAAAUUACAAAGUCCAUGAAGAUGGUUGCUGCAGCAAAAUAUGCAAGAGCUGAGAGAGAGCUGAAGCCUGCUAGAGUGUAUGGAGUAGGAGCCCUGGCUCUCUACGAAAAAGCAGAAAUUAAGGUGCCUGAAGACAAGAAGAAGCACCUUAUUGUUGGUGUGUCAUCUGAUCGUGGUCUCUGUGGCGCUAUCCACACCUCUGUUGCUAAAACCAUAAAAAGUGAGAUUACUGCCCUUUCAAACAAAGGGAAAGAGGUCAUGGUGGUUGGAGUGGGUGACAAGCUAAGAGGCUUGCUUCAAAGGACACACGGUGAGCACUUCUUAGUGACAUUCAAGGAAGUGGGGAGGAAGCCUCCCAGCUUUGGAGAUGCUUCAGUGAUUGCUUUAGAGUUGCUAAACUCUGGGUAUGAAUUUGAUGAAGGAUCCAUUAUCUACAAUCGGUUCCGGUCUGUCAUCUCCUACAGGACGGAUGAAAAACCUUUUUUUUCUCUUGAUACAGUUGCUGGUUCCGAAAACAUUAGCAUCUAUGAUGAUAUUGAUGCUGAUGUGCUAAGAAACUACCAGGAGUAUGCAUUAACAAACAUCCUUUUCUACUCCCUGAAAGAAUCCACCACCAGUGAGCAGAGUGCCAGAAUGACUGCUAUGGACAGUGCUAGCAAAAAUGCUUCUGAGAUGAUUGACAAAUUGACCUUGACAUUCAACCGUACACGUCAAGCUGUCAUCACCAAGGAGCUUAUUGAGAUCAUAUCUGGUGCUGCUGCUCUGGCGUAAUCGGAAAGAGGCUCAGACAAAUCAAGAGAUAAAGAAGAGAGGAACACCUCUAGGUGGCUGGUUUAUAGCUGUAUCAACAAGUUUGGUCCAUCAUUCUGUGAAGAAUUUGUGGUAAAGUUCCAAAAUAUUUGUAAAUUGUCUUACAAUAAACAUCCUACAUGAAACAAA